UUCGAUGUUGUGGGUUUCCAAAGCAACAAACUAUUCAUACUAAAACUUGGAGCAAGUAUACAAAAAUGGUUGAAUCUGUGAAGAAAAUUUGCACGAUUGGAGCAAUUAUAUUUACAAACUUGGUCGAUUUGGGAACAACAACAAUACUAUUCUGUCAUGGCAAUGAUUGUUAUAAAUAUUACACCAAUGAUGUCUAUGGCUACCAAUUCGGGACGUCCAUCUUUGACCUGUGGGUGUUUAGUCUGUUUAGAGUCUCGUUGCUAUUGGGAACCUGCGUGGCUAUUAUAUAUAGUCCUCAAAGUUCCAUAGAGCGCAUACAAAAAGUACAAUACAGGACGACAAUAAUCCUCAUCGCUGUGGCAAUGUGGACAGUUACACUUGUGAAACUACUUGUCCAUUCUGACUCUAACACUGACUUUCAAAAGCCAUGGUUUUGGAGUAUUUUUGGUUUUACCUUACUUUGCACAAUCAUGUUUUACACACAAUGGGUUAUACUAGGAAAUAUAGCGCCCCCUCAGAGUAGACUAGCUAAAAUAAACAAAACUGAUCCAGAGCGACAACCGUUGCUAGGCAAUAGCACCAGUACCCAUAUUGACGAUGUAUCACCUAACAACAACGAUGAGAAAAAGGUGAAGGAAAGUUUCAGUGCUGUGGGAAGAUUGCUGUCUAUGUCUAAAAAAGACUGGUUCAUUCUUUUGCCUGCGUUUAUCUUCCUUUGCGUAGCAGCAGUAUCUGAAAUAUUUGUGCCGUUUUAUACCGGCAAGGUUAUAGAUGGCAUUGCAAUUGAGAAAGAUAAAGAAAAGUUUACUUCAGCAAUUGUCACAAUGUCACUUCUUAGUGUAGCGAGCUCGAUUGCUGCCGGUCUUCGUGGGGGUUUAUUCAAAGUUGCCAAGGCUCGACUGGACAUUCGAAUUCGUAAUUCUCUCUUCAGUUCUUUACUACACCAGGAGGUUGCGUUUUUCGACACUGUUCGAACAGGUGAUAUGACAUCACGACUGACAUCAGAUACAUCUACAAUGACCCUUGCGCUAGGCACCAACACUAAUAUAUUUUUAAGGAAUCUUGUCAAAGCAAUUGGUGUGUGUAUCUUCAUGUUUAAGCUGAGUUGGAGACUAAGUAUGGUGACGUUUAUAGGACUACCAAUCAUUACUGCUGUUUCAGCAGUAUAUGGAGAUUAUUACGAGAAACUGUCCAAGCAAGUGCAGGAAUCUCUGGCUAAAGCCAACGAAGUGGCGGAGGAAACAUGCUCUUCAAUAAAGACGGUUCGAAGUUUUGCCAACGAGAUGAAUGAGAUUGAUCGAUAUGCUGACAAAUUGAAAGUGACAUUCAAAAUUAGACUGAAAGAAGCUAUCACGUAUGCUGGUUAUGUAUGGAAUAACAAGCUGUUUGCACUUGGACUGGUUGUUGCCACGUUAUAUUACGGCGGCCAUCUUGUCAUUGAUGACGUCAUCACUGGUGGUACCUUGGUGUCAUUCAUCCUCUACCAGAGUGGAGCUUGGUGCUGUAAUUGAGGAUAUGGGAAAUGUAUGGACUGGUCUAAUGCAAGCUUCGGGGGCAUCUGAGAAAGUGUUUGAGUAUGUAGAUAGAGAGCCUGAGAUCCCAAAUACUAAAGAUUGCAAGACGCCUGAGAAACUAGAAGGUCUCAUUGAAUUUAAGGAUGUAACAUUUUCCUACCCAUCAAGAGCAGAUACUGAUGUACUUAAGAAUGUGUCAUUCAGUGUCAACCCAGGGGAGGUAGUUGCCCUAGUGGGCCCUAGUGGAGGAGGGAAAUCCACAUGUGUUAACCUUCUGGAACAUUUUUACGAAACUAAAGCUGGGAAUGUGCUCCUGGAUUCAGUACCUAUACAGGAGUAUGAUCAUAGUUAUCUCCAU